CGCCGAUUGUAUUAUAUUUUGUAAAUUGUAUUGUACUGAGAUGUGAAAUGAGAGAAUACACUUGUGGUUUUCUAAUUUUUAUAGAGAAAACACACGUGUCAUUGUUUACUUUACACAAUAUUGACAAAAAAUUAAUAAUUUUGUCUUGUUGGCGUUAAAGAGUAGGCAUUCUCAAUUGUGCAAGCUUUGAAGAAUUACGUCUCUCUUUGUUUUUCCGUCGUUGUUUUUAAAAUGUUUAGUUUUUUUCGCUGGAUAUAUAGACGACUAUUUAUUUUAAUUUUAUUAUUUGUGCACAAUUUUUUCGAAUUUGUUAAUUCAUCAAUUUCAUAUGAUCACUCGCAAUGGCUUCACGAAUGUGCACCAUUCCGCACAAAUCAGCAAUUGCUCGAAUACACCGUAAAGCCAUUCAGUUGGAAUAAUUUGGUUGAACCUUUGAUCACACGAUGUGAUGCUCGACAGUAUGGCAAUCAGUUCUUGAACAUCGAUGAUAAUGCCCAGAAUGUUUCCAAGGCACAAAAUGAGAAAACGAGACCAAAGGUCCUCGUUUGUCAUGAUAUGGCUGGUAACUAUCGUGGUGACCGCUUCAUUCAUGGAUCCAAGAAGUUUGAUGACUAUCGAUUCUAUCACUGGGCCGGCAUCGAUUUUUUUAAUUAUUUCAGUCAUAACUACAUUACAAUUCCACCGCUAUCUUGGAUAAAUGCUGGCCAUCGAAAUGGGGUGCCGGUGCUUGGAACCAUCAUUGUGGAGUUUGAUAAUGCCAAAAAAACUCUCGACGAAUUACUUUGUUCAAGACAAGAUCUUUACCGUUACGUGGAGGCUUUUGUUCUUGUCACAAAAAGUUUUGGAUUUGACGGAUGGCUAUUGAACAUUGAAUGUGGCAUCGAUGAAGAACAAGUACCAAAACUAAAAGAAUUCGUCCGACAAAUGACAAAGCGCAUAAAGGAAGAAAUUCCAAAUGGAACCGUUAUUUGGUACGACAGUGUGAUUGAGUCAGGUUCGCUCAGUUGGCAAAAUGAGGUGAAUGAAAAUAACAUCGAUAUGUAUCAUGGCACGGAUGGCAUUUUACUGAAUUAUUGGUGGAGAAAUGAGAGUUUACAACGUACAGUCGAUAUUCUUAAGAAAGAUCCAGAAGAGAUGGCCAAAGUUUUUGUGGGAAUUGAUGUGUUCGGGAGAGGUCAAACGGCCGGUUUUCAUACGCAUGAGACGCUGCGACCAAUUAAAGACCAUAAUCUUUCGAUUGGCAUUUUCGCGCCUGGUUGGACUUUUGAAAAUAUGCCAAAUGAACAUCCAUUGCGGGAUGAAGGAACUGACGAUAUCAAUCGAAAGUUUCUCGAACGAAAUACACGUUUUUGGAAAUUACUUUGGACAUAUCUCUAUUCACGCGGUCCAAAUGUCCUACCAUUUUACACUUCAUUUUGUCUUGGAUCAGGCAAAAAGCAAUAUCGUAACGGUCUUCAAAUCGGCAAUGAGCCAUGGUUCAAUCUACAGGAACAACAAUUCCAGCCAUCAGUACCAUCUUCAUUUGAAUACCAGUUCGAAGAAGCGUAUCAUGGUGGCUCGUGCAUCAGAUUUAGUGAAUCUGUUAACAAACUUCGCUUGUUCGCAACUGAUUUCACAUGCAAAGACAAUUUAAUUGUUUCGUUUGUGUUCAAACGAUCCGAUUACGCAAUCGAUGUUCAAUUGGUUCUAAACGUGCAAAAUGAUAAGGGCGAUCAAAACUUAUUGGUUUAUUGUGAUAGCGAUAGACGUCUGGAAUCAAAUGCUAUUUUGAAAACCGGUGAACACAUUGUGACUCCAUUGCGGGCAAAUCUACUUAAGUACGCUUGUAUUGGAUUGAGCAAUCGACACGAGAAAAUCUUCCCAAGUGGAAAUCGAUCCAUAAACGGAUGGGAGACUCGUUACUACUACCUCAAUUUUGAUGAGAUUGCUAAACAUGGCCGUGUCACCGAUGUUGGAAUCUCAAUUAAAAAAGACAAUUGGACCGAUACCGAUUCGGUUUUGUUGGGUGCCUUACACAUUCAUCGAGGCAUCAAAGAUGAAGAGCGCAUCAUUACACAUCUGGAUUCGAUUUCAUUCAGUUCGGCAUUAAAAGAACUUACCAUGUAAUAUUUUCUAUCGCAUUCAAAAUGUUUACACCAAAGAAGUCACAAAUGUUACCAAUUAAGUUAUGAUCCAUUCAAAUUGGCACAAAGAUUUAAACACAAAAAUAUAUUUUUAAAAAGUUUAUAUUAUGCAUAUGAAUAAUGAUGUUUUGCAUGUGAUUUCAAUUUAAUUUAUGAAACUGAGGUAUUUGUAAAGAAAACGCCAACAAAAUCGAUGAAUAAAACACAGUAAUAAUUUAUUCAAUGAA